GAUUUUUACAAUGAACAUGAACGACUUCUGGAGUCAAGGUUGUCCUGGCAGGCCCCGGGGAGUAUAAAUAGUGCCCACAGUGAAGAGCAGCAGGCUGCAGAGCCAGGAGGAAGGAGGAGCAGAUCCCGACCAUGAGCUCCGACCAGCCGGCCUGCUCAUGCCGGGCUGCCGCAGGCCGCCCCGCCAUCCUGUACGCGCUCCUGAGCCCCAGCCUCACGGCCAGGCCCUCUGUGCCCCGCACACGGAGCCGCUGCCUGUGCAGGCAGCACCGGCCUGUCUGCCUGAAUAACCCCCAACGCACCUGCCAGGAGGCCCUGGAUGUUCUGGCCAAGAUGGUGACCUUCCUCAGGAACCUGCCAUCCUUCUGCCAGCUGCCCCGCCAGGAUCGGCGGUGGCUCCUGCGUGCCUGCUGGGGCCCCCUCUUCCUGCUGGGGCUGGCCCAAGACAUGGUGAUCUUUGAGGUGGCCGAACUCCCGGUGCCCAGCAUCCUGAAGACAAUCCUCCUGGAGGAGCCAGGCGGCAGCGGCCCACUGCCCGGCAGGCCCCAGCCCUCGCUGGCUGCAGUGCGGUGGCUGCAGUGCUGUCUGGAGUCGUUCUGGAGCCUGGAGCUGGGCCCCAAAGAGUAUGCCUGCCUGAAAGGAGCCAUCCUCUUCAACCCUGACGUGCCAGGCCUCCACGCCUCCUCUCAAAUCGGGCACCUGCAGCAGGAGGCUCACCAGGCGCUGUGUGAAACCCUGGAGCCCUGGUGGCCGACGGGCCACGGCCGGCUGGUUCACACCCUCCUCAUGGCCUCCACUCUCAAGUGCAUCCCCGCCGGCCUGCUUGGAGACCUGUUUCUUCGCCCUAUCAUUGGGGACGUCGACGUCGCUGGCCUUCUCGAGGACAUGCUUUUACCAAACUGACCUGCUGCGGCCUGGGCAGAGACCAGGUGUGGGCAGGGGAAGGUUGUCCCCAGAAGCCACCUUGUGCUCCUGGAAGGGGAAGCCCGGGCAGACAACGACCUGGGCCCUGUCCAGUCUGAGGAGCUCUGGGGCCCUCACUCUGCCCCACCCAUCCUGCUUGGACUUCGUUGCUUUGGACCCGGUGACCCGGCUGUCAGGCUGGCCCUCGGUGGCACCCAGAGCCUCUGGCCCAAGACUUCAGUCCCUGGAACAUGAGCUGCUCAGUCAACCGAGCGUCUCACUGGCUUUGUACAGAACUUUAACUUAUCGUUGUAUUUUUUUAAUAAAAGGUGUUUCAACCUU